AGUCGUCUGUCUGUGGAGAGCUGUUCUCAGCACAGCAGCUGUGAGACGUGUCUGGGCUCAGGGGAUCCUCACUGCGGCUGGUGUGUCCUGCAUAACAAGUGCUCCAGAAAGGAAGCCUGCGAGAAGUGGGCCGAGCCGCUUCACUUCAGUACGGAGCUGAAACAGUGUGUCGACAUCACUGUCACUCCUGAUAACAUGUCUGUGACCUCCGCUUCCACACAGCUGAGUGUGAAGGUAGCUAACGUCCCAAACCUCUCCAUGGGCGUGACGUGUGUGUUUGAGGAGCUAACGGAGAGUCCAGGAGAAGUUCUGGCCAAAGGACAAAUCCUCUGCAUGUCCCCAUCGCUGCGAGACGUCCCAUCUGUCACCCAGGGAUAUGGCGAUAAACGGGUUGUGAAGCUCUCUCUGAAGUCCAAAGAGACGGGUCUCAAAUUCAUCACCACUGAUUUCAUCUACUACAACUGCAGCGUCUUGCAAUCGUGUUCAUCGUGUGUUAGCAGCCCUUUCCCCUGCAACUGGUGUAAAUAUCGCCACAUCUGCACUAAUAACGUAGCCGAGUGCUCUUUCCAGGAAGGUCGAGUGAGCAGCGCAGAGGGUUGCCCGCAGAUUCUGCCUAGCAGCGACAUCCUGGUACCGGCGGGGAUCGUUCGGCCAAUCACGUUGCGAGCUCGAAACUUGCCCCAGCCUCAGUCGGGACAAAAGAACUAUGAGUGUGUCUUUAAAAUCCAGGGCAAAGUCCAGCGUAUUCCCGCGGUCCGUUUUAACAGCUCCUGCAUCCAGUGCCAGAACACUUCGUACUGGUAUGAAGGGAAUGAGAUGGGAGACCUGCCUGUGGAUUUCUCCAUCGUAUGGGACGGUGACUUUCCCAUCGACAAGCCAUCAUCCAUGCGAGCUCUCCUGUAUAAGUGUGAAGCUCAGAGGGACAGCUGUGGACUCUGUCUGAAGGCAGACAGCAUGUUUGAGUGUGGCUGGUGUUUGGCCGAUAAGAAGUGUCUCCUGAAGCAACACUGUCCAUCACCCGAACACAACUGGAUGCAUCAGGGACGGCGCAACGUACGCUGCAGCCAUCCCCGAAUCACUAAGAUCCGUCCACUGACGGGGCCGAAGGAGGGUGGCACACGCGUGACCAUCGAAGGAGAGAAUCUGGGGCUGCAGGUUCGAGAGAUCACUCAUGUGCGUGUGGCGGGGGUUCGCUGCAACCCUGCUGCUUCUGAAUACAUCAGCGCUGAGAGGAUCGUGUGUGAUAUGGAGGAAUCUCUGAUGUCGAGUCCCCCUGGUGGUCCGGUGGAGCUGUGUAUCGGAGACUGCAGUGCAGAGUAUCGAACCCAGUCGUCUCAGACAUACUCUUUUGUGACUCCGAGUUUCAGCCGGGUGCGGCCGGAGAAAGGACCCGUGUCCGGCGGGACCAGACUGACUAUCUCAGGCCGACAUCUGGAUGCCGGGAGCACCGUGACCGUGUUUUUGGCCCAGGAAGAGUGUCUGUUUGUCAGGAGAACGGUGCGUGAGAUAGUGUGCAUGACACCACCAUCAGCAUCAGGCUCUGGAGCUUCAUCCGUCAAGCUCUUCAUUGACAAGGCCGAGGUCACCAGCGAUACACGAUACAUUUACACUGAAGAUCCAACCGUUUCCAGCGUAGAACCCAACUGGAGCAUCAUUAAUGGCAGCACCACCCUCACGGUCACAGGAACCAAUCUGCUAACCAUUCAGGAACCCAAAGUCCGAGCCAAAUAUGGAGGAGUGGAGACCACAAACGUUUGUGCGGUGGUGAAUGACUCCGUGAUGACGUGCUUGGCUCCGGGCAUCAUCUACACCAAACGCCAGGUUCCAGAUUGUGGAGUUCACCCGGAUGAGUUUGGCUUCAUCCUGGACCAUGUGUCCGCUCUCCUCAUCCUCAAUGGAACUCCUUUCACAUACUAUCCAAACCCCACCUUUGAUCCCCUUGGGAAUGCUGGGAUUCUGGAGGUCAAACCAGGAUCACCCAUCAUCUUGAAGGGCAAGAAUCUCAUCCCUCCUGCUCCUGGCAACGCCCGCCUGAAUUACAGCGUGAUGAUUGGAGAAACGCCCUGUCUGUUAACCGUCUCGGAAUCUCAGCUGCUCUGUGAUUCGCCGGAUCUGACCGGAGAACAGCGAGUGAUGAUUCUCGUGGGCGGCUUGGAAUAUUCUCCUGGAACGCUUCACAUCUAUUCCGACAGCACUCUUACGCUGCCUGCCAUCAUCGGGAUCGGAGCCGGCGGCGGCGUCCUCCUCAUCGCCAUCAUCGCCGUGCUCAUCGCCUACAAGCGCAAGACGAGGGAUGCCGACCGCACGCUCAAACGCCUACAGUUGCAGAUGGACAAUCUGGAGUCCCGGGUCGCGCUAGAGUGCAAGGAAGCAUUUGCUGAGCUGCAGACAGACAUCCAAGAGCUGACAAACGACAUGGACGGUGUGAAGAUCCCUUUCCUGGAGUAUCGUACCUACACCAUGAGAGUGAUGUUCCCUGGCAUCGAAGAACACCCCGUUCUAAAGGAGCUGGAUUCUCCGGCUAAUGUGGAGAAGGCCCUACGCUUGUUCAGUCAACUGCUGCACAACAAGAUGUUCCUUCUGACCUUCAUCCACACACUAGAGGCUCAGAGGUCCUUCUCCAUGCGGGAUCGCGGCAACGUGGCCUCCCUCCUCAUGGCGGCGCUGCAGGGACGGAUGGAGUACGCCACUGUGGUUCUCAAACAGCUUCUUGCCGACCUAAUCGAAAAGAACCUGGAGAACCAUAACCACCCCAAACUGCUGCUUAGACGAACUGAGUCUGUGGCUGAGAAGAUGCUCACCAACUGGUUCACAUUCCUCCUUCACCGCUUCCUCAAGGAGUGUGCUGGCGAGCCUCUGUUUAUGCUCUACUGUGCUAUAAAACAGCAGAUGGAAAAAGGUCCCAUAGACGCCAUCACAGGAGAGGCCAGAUACUCCCUGAGCGAAGACAAGCUCAUCCGACAGCAAAUCGACUACAAGCAGCUGACACUCAUGUGUAUUCCUCCGGAGGGAGAGGCCGGUACAGAAAUCCCUGUCAAGGUGCUAAACUGUGACACAAUCACUCAGGUGAAGGACAAGCUGCUAGAUGCUGUUUACAAAGGCAUCCCAUACUCACAGCGCCCGCAGGCCGACGACAUGGACCUGGAAUGGCGGCAGGGUCGACUGACCAGAAUCAUCCUCCAGGAUGAAGACGUCACCACAAAGAUCGAGAGCGACUGGAAGAGAUUGAACACACUGGCGCACUACCAGGUGACAGAUGGGUCUUUGGUGGCUUUGGUUCAGAAGCAAGUAUCUGCUUACAACAUCGCCAACUCCUUCACGUUCACUCGCUCUCUCAGUCGAUACGAGAGCCUGCUGAGGACAUCUAGUAGUCCAGACAGCCUUCGAUCCAGGGCUCCUAUGAUCACCCCUGACCAGGAGACAGGCACCAAACUCUGGCACCUGGUGAAGAACCAUGAGCACGCAGACCAGCGGGAGGGAGACCGUGGGAGCAAGAUGGUGUCUGAGAUUUACCUGACACGCUUACUGGCUACCAAGGGCACACUGCAGAAGUUUGUGGACGAUCUUUUUGAGACGGUGUUCAGUACGGCCCAUCGCGGCAGCGCUCUCCCGCUGGCCAUCAAAUACAUGUUUGAUUUCCUGGAUGAGCAAGCAGACAAGAGACAGAUCACCGACCCGGACGUACGGCACACCUGGAAGAGCAACUGCCUUCCUCUGCGGUUUUGGGUCAACGUGAUCAAAAACCCUCAGUUUGUCUUUGACAUCCACAAGAACAGUAUUACAGAUGCCUGUCUGUCAGUGGUGGCUCAGACCUUCAUGGACUCCUGCUCGACGUCUGAGCAUCGCCUGGGCAAAGACUCUCCGUCAAACAAGCUUCUCUAUGCUAAAGACAUCCCUAACUACAAGAGCUGGGUGGAGAGAUAUUACCGAGACAUCAGCAAGAUGCCAAGUAUCAGCGAUCAGGACAUGGACGCCUAUCUAGUAGAGCAGUCCCGUCUCCAUGGCAACGAGUUCAACACACUGAGCGCGCUCAGUGAACUGUACUUCUACAUCAACAAGUACAAGGAAGAGAUUUUGACAGCCCUGGACAGAGACGGUUACUGUCGCAAACACAAGCUACGACACAAACUGGAACAAGCCAUUUGCCUGAUGUCUGGCAGCAGCUGAGGGUGGUGACUGAUUGGACGGGAGGGGAAGGGUUUGGGGGGAGGGUUGAGACUGAAUUGAUGGAGUCCAGCGGACCGACCCGUGUUAGGUGAGGCUAAAACACUGGACAAUCAACUCUAAAGGAACCACAGCACAGCAUACGAAGCCCAAUAUUUUUCUCGACCAGAAUCUGUACGCCCUCACUCCCUAAUACCCGGACCGAACGCAACGCCGUUCAUAUCGGCCUGCCUAACAAACUAUUCGACACGGACUACUGUGGAUCAGAUACAUUCCAAUGAGGAAAGGUGCACAUGCUCUUGCCUUGGAAGCCAAAUUGCCAAGAUAGUGCCAUGGAAGAAAAUAUCUAUCUUUCUGGGAGAGAAAAGCAGCAACAUGUUUUAGUAAUGCAUUCGGCGGGUAAUCCGAAAACAAUUCUUCAUAUCGACCUCCGAGAGACGCCUCAAUCACAAUCGUGCAACGAGCUCCAUUAACAGAAAUGAAGAUAUUUAUAUCAGAAUGAAUCAAUAAUUGAGAAUUGUUGGGGGAGAACUGCAUUAUGGGUAGUGUUGAGGCUGAGCAGAAUGGGAAGAACCUUCUCCUCCUCGUCUCGAAAUUGCCAUAGACCCGUAAAAGCGCCUUUUUUGUGAUUAUGGGGCCAAAUGGACCUCUACUUGUCAAGAGGUAUGGAUCAGCAUCUUUUGAAGCUUGCCUUUUCGUUGCGUCCGGAUAUGACUCCCCAAACCUGUGCCGAAAUGUACCCCGGGAUGGGCGUUCAUCCCUUGUGGGUGGACAUUUCUGCUCCCUUUUCUUUUUUUGUACACCGCUGUGUUACUGUGAGGUGUGGAGUGUUUACUCGGAUUCUGUGGUUCUUCUCCAAGACUGCAUUGGCGAGGGCCAAGUUUUGUCCCUUGAUGACAGGCAUCUUUAAUGUAGUAGAUCCAUCUAGAGCAAUAACUCUCAAAUUUACCUGCUAGCCAUGAGUUUAAGUUCCCUGUGUGUUCAAAUUCACCGUCCUGACUCUAAAUUUUCAAUGUUAGCAGUUGGCGAGUCACGCUCCUUUUCAUUUCCCUGUUGUUGUUCUGUCCAAACGGCAGCCAAAACGCGUUCACAAUGCCAAGCACAACGAAGGGAUGACUGUUCAACUCUGAUUGUUUUCUCGCCGCAAAAAUGCAAUUUUUGACAUAGAAGUCUGCAGCCAGACAAAUCUCGUCCGUUCUUCUGUCGUCCCCCGUACAACCUUAUCAAUGAACCGCGAUAAGGUUCCUGCUUGAUCGAUUAUAAAGAUUGUGUCAGUUCUGUCUGUAUACACAAACAACAAGGCCUUAAGUCAUUUCCGCUUCUCUUUAUCAGACUUUCCUCAUCUCCGUGACGGCGGCGUCGCCCUCUGCUGCCACGGAGGUGAACUGCAAACCGUUAUAUUCCAGGUACUCGAAUUGUGAUACGUACGUGAAUUUCAAAGUAUUCUCAGCUAUUUUCUAUUCCUUGCUAUAUGUGGUUCUGAGUUCUGCCCUGUCUAGUUGCGUAUCGAAUGUGUUUUUGUGUUGAGUAAAAUCACAGAGAAUGUACAGCAUGAAUAACUGAGCAUAUCUUGCAAAAAUCUUUGCCUCAUUAUACAUGUUCCAGUUUUAAACGCAAAGUACCUUCAGACGAUCACAGCCAGGACUACAGGGAGAACCAUUUGCUUUCAACAUUGUCUUUAAAAUGUAAAAAACCUACUUCACUAAGGUCAGUUCGAGUAAACAAACACCCAUAGUAAUAUGGGAUCAUUAAAACAAUAGGGAAAUCCAUCGGGGCCUUAUUACUUGAGUUUGAUGAGUUUGAAUGUAGAUAUUCAAUGACCAUCAAAGUGAUCACGUCCCUUUGAAUACAUCUUACAUCGAUAGAUUUUGCCCUUUUUACCCUGUAGUAAUGGAUUUGCUAAUAACUACUAAUCGUGAUUGCCUUCAUUUGGCUACAAAAGAAUAACUUUUGGUUUACUAGCGGUAGACCACGUCCUGCAGGGUCAUGGUUUAAAAACUGGAGCAUUUCAAUAACAAGAUGUAUCUGGAUAUUUUAAACUUUCAUUGAAUGUAAUUAAACCUGCCUUCAAAUUCGCCACAUGGAUUUGGAUGGGAUAACAAGAUUCCCUGUUCGUUUAGAUACGGCAUCAUCAAAAGCCAAAUUUUUGUUGUUGGAAUUGUGAAGGCAGGAUGUUCUGAACUAAAUGUGGGGCUCAUUAACAUAUGAAAAAGUUGCAGGAUGGUAAUUAAGCAGAAUCUUUUUGAACACUGGUUUGUUUUUCUGUUGGGGGAAUGGGGUCAGCUCAUGAAUCUGGUUCCGUUAUGGCAUUUCAACCUCUUGCAACACGAUACAUCAGGAAUUACUGCCUGAUGCCAAAGCUGCGUCGUCAGCAAUGCAGGUGCGAAACCAAUAUCCGACAUCUGGAACAAACCACUUUGAGAAAUGAAAUGCAAUCGUAAAUCUAAGUUAUAAAAAAAGCUGAAAACUAAACAUCAGUGGUUGGAAUUUUUAGAUUUAGCACAUCUUGGUUGAAACCACGCCGUCAGGUUUACAUCUGAUAUUUCUAUACUGUGAGUAAAGCCAAACGUACUGUGGGGGAAGUGGACUUAGCUUGGUCGCGUACAUACUGCCUGUAAGAUAACUCUAUCGAUAAGUGCAACUGCCCACCGGGGUGUUUUUAGGUAGACUGGUGAAGACAGAGCUAACACUAAUGACGCCUCGGCCGAUAGCCAUAUAUCAGAAAUCACCCGUUUCGUACAGAAGAACUCGGAGCCAAAUGAGGCGCUUUGCGGUUUGUUUUCAUCGUGUGGUGAAACGGCAUACGCUUAAAAGCACCUGUAACUUGUGAGGAACGGAGCGGAGUGAGUGG